GGGCAUUCAAUAUGAAGGUCUUGCUCUUUUGGAUUUGUUGGAUCAAACAUCUGAAGGGCCUGAGUAGGAGCUCUAGGUAGGUUCCUCGUCGAGCGCGUCGACAAGUACGAGCGAGAUGUGGUGACAGAUCAGUCCUGGCAAGUCUUCCUGACUUGGAUGGACCUAGUUGGUGAAUGUCCAUCUUCUCCUCUCUUCCAUCUUCCUAUUUCCUUCUUUUCAUGGGUUGGAAACCUUGGAGACUUCUUUCUUGUGCAUCACGUUCUUAUCCCCCCCGUCGUUAUUCUACCGACCUGGUAGAGAAAUAGAACUGGCCCUCCGAGCUCCAACAGAGGCAUUUUCAGUCGAGAUGGCUAGCAUCAUGACCCCCCUUGAGCAAGCCUUCAACAGCUUUCUGUUGACCAUGCCGCCUCAUCGACUAGAAUCGCUACUCAAGUACCUCAACGAGGCCCGGGCGCACGAAAAUGAUCCGAAUCCUGCUGUCGACGGUGCAGCCAUGAACUCUCCUUUCAGCGCUGCCCGUCGUCCUACCUUGCCUACGCCAGCCGCUCCUCGUUCCCCAGCUUUGCGUGGGAAGCGUUUCCGUGCAGGAAAGCUAAGACCCCUCAACAGCUUCAUCGCUUUCAGAAGUUUCUACUCGAACAUCUUUCCCGAAUUGACUCAAAAAGCGAAAUCUGGAAUCCUCAAAUUUCUUUGGCAGAAUGACCCUUGCAAGGCCAAGUGGGCAAUUCUUGCUAAAGCAUAUUCCAUUAUUCGCGAUGACCAUGUGGGCGAAGUAUCUUUGGACUCAUUUCUGAGCUUGAAUAUGAGUUAUCUUGGGAUCAUCGAGCCUGAUCGCUACCUUGAUGCAAUGGGCUGGGAGCUGAGUGUCGACGGACAGAGUCAAUACACCAUGACUAGGGUGAAAUCAACCGUUACAGCCGAAACUGAGGUUUCCACUCUCCACUCGGCCGAUGAUAUUGUCACCCGUUGCUACGAAAUGGGCUAUGUAUCUGAGGAACGUCGUAGUCAUAAAUCGAGCCACAAUGGUGAUGGGCCAGUUACUAACAUGGCCUUUGUCGCUCAUCCCACCCUGGUGGUCAACGAGAAUGAUAGAAUUCGGAUUUCGGGAACCGACAACAGUGUGGUUGGCGACAUGGGUACAAAACCUAACAUUCAGGUGUCUUCUUCCAAUUCACUGGCAGACACACCGUCUCCGGGUCCUAUCGACAUGAGUGUGAUGACUGGUGAUGUCUUUGGCCAAGAGCCUGACGUACCUACUGUCCAACCUUGUUUCAACUCGCAACCAAAGGCGGAAAAUGACUUCAAUGUGGAUAUGCAGUUUGCUAAUGCUCAUGGAGCCCCGUUCUUUCUUCCCUUUGACGCUAUGGAGAUGCCCAUGAUGGAUUAUGAUCCCCUUAUCACAGGACCACUCGAGAAUUACGGCAUCGACAGAUGGCGGAAUUUUUAAUUUUGUUAAUAAAAUGGCAACCAGUGACGUUCAGGUGACUUUAUGUCUACAUGGAUUGGACGCUGCAGUACCGUCAGCCGUCACAGAAACAAACCAACGACCAAGUUCACGACGAUCAUAUCAUACAAGGGGGGAGGAACGGAAGAAUUGACUCUGGCGACAAAAGAAAUGACGAAAAUGACAGAUCAAGAGAUCUGAGCUUAAUGCGGAGAGGGAGAAGACAUGGCGUUCAUGGCUCUUUGUUUUUGUUUUUUCCUUCUCCCUGCUGCACAAGGAAGAGCGGCUAUCUGUCUUACAUUUCGUUUCGUUUAUUUUCUUUUCUUACAGACUUGUCUUGACUUACCCACUGUACAGAAUUCUGUUCUUCGGACGUGACUUUCUCCGAAGUCUGCCCUGGAGGGCUCGAGAUACAGAGGAUUAAGCCUCGACUUGAUCUGAUCUCUAGUAAAUUGCUCCGCUGCCUCUAUCGUGCUUUUAACUUUCUUUUCUUUUUUAACAGUUCGUGGCUUUUAUUCUUACCCCUAACAUAACAUAACGUGAUCAACCACGGAGUCGAUCACCUCAUGCGUUGCGGCCGCGCAUUGAAAACCUAUUAUAUUCAACCAUCCACCAUACUCCCAAACCUGCCUAAAUCCUCAAAAGGUUCUCACUAAGCAAGAGAGGAGGCGCGUAUGAGGAUAUCUUCAAUUUUGAUGAAAGCGGAUAUGCCAUGGGGCCUUACUGCUACUGCAAAGGCAGUAACAAGAGCUGAGAUAUAUCAUUGAAUACAUCAGUUUUAC